AUGGAGCGCGCGGCGCGGAGAGAGUCACACGUAGGGGGUGAAAAUCCAACCUUAGGAGAUGAGCGAGAUAAGAACUUGUGCGUUUUGAAGCCGCUGUUUGAAUUGGGUGACGAGACGAGAGGACACGCGCUUCAAAACGUCAUCCAGGACCCAGAGCUGGGAACACCAGGCCGGCUGUGGUGCACACACCUCGGUGUGCUGCAGGUAGCGAAGUCAGUGGGGCCAGCUGCGAACUGGGUUGCUGUGGCCAAUAAUCUUUUAAGGAGCUGUCACAUAAACCAGCACAUAAAGUGUCUCUGUGAAUGUGGUGCUGAGGUGUUUGUUCAUCUCUAUGAGUCAAUCUUAAGAGAAAAAGUGCCAGAUUACAUAGCUACUCCUAGAAGCCAAGAGGAUGAUGCACAUAAUGUACAGGCAAUAAUAGAUUCCCUGGCAUUGGACUAUUUGCAGAUGAGCUUGUCACAUAUCACUGGUGAGAACAUAGUGAGAGGAGAAAAGAAAUCUAUCAGAAACCUCCUUGAAAUAUUUGAUGGCCUGUUGGAUUAUCUUAGAGGAGAAACUGAUGAAUCUUCUCUGCAGAAUGGAGCAAAUCUGCUAUCCAAUAAUGAAACUCAGCUUGCAUCUGAAGUGCAGCUGGAAAGCAAUGCUGGUGAACUUCCCCACACUUUAGGAUUCUCAUCAGCUGAAGGGUCCCAGUCAGAAUUUUCUGUUGCAUCUUCUGAUGCAGAGAGACCAGAAUACACCAGUGAAUUAAUCAGACUCGGGGAUACUGCUCAUUCAUUUUCCAAGAGAUCAGAAGGUUACCAGCAGAAAAGCACAAGAGUGAAAGAAUCUAAACAUUCAGAGGCUGUUGCAACAUGAUCUGGACAGUUUUCUGAAACUAGAAGGGCCAUUGACUCACCACAUCUAAGGUACCCAAGAAGGCCACGAUUCCUUUCUCCAUCCUCAUCUCAGCACCAACGGUUUUCUGAAGUGGAAUAUAAACCUUGCAGCAAUAGAACAUGCCAAACAAGGAAAUUAUGCAGCCAGCUGCAAAGAGACAGGGAUAAAAGAACAAAGCAAGCAAAGAUGGUUGCUAAAGCUUAUGAAGAUGAACUCAGAAUUUGUGAAGCCAGGCAGAGGCUUAAAAUUUCCAAGCUCAGAGAAGUCAUCAGGAAAAUGAAAAAAGAAUACAAAGAAAACAUAUUUGAAGAACCUCCAAAAACGCCUCAGCCAGUGGAAGUUUAUUCUAGAAGAGCCACACCUCAGAAUCCUGAAUACAGCCAGUGGAUUCCAAAACCAGGGACUGGGAAGCCAAAGGAAGCUGCUCCAAUGACAGUAGGAGAUGAUGACCUCUUAUCUCAGCUACUGGAAGAGUUUCCUGACCUGCAUGUUUCCCAACCUGCUAUGAAAAAAAUGAGGCAGCAGCAGUUGGCACAUACUAAACAACUUAAGGCAGCUUUUGACAGACCUAGAGCAAAACUCCAAAAUGAAGUUGAACAAGCCCUGAAGAAGCAUGAACUUUUUCUUGCACUUAUUAAAAAAUACGAAGACCAUAAUAAGAGACUGCAAGAACAUAAGCAACAGAUCUGGCAGCAGAAGUGGGCUCAGAAUAAAUGGAGAGAGAGACGCCAGCAAGUUGCUCGGGCCAGGAAGUGUUAUGAAGAUUACCAGGUGCAGCUUCGUGCUGAGAGGAUGUGGUCCAGGACAUGGGAGGAAAGGAUAUUUAAAAACUUAUUUGAAGAUGGCUUAGAAAUUCAGAAGGAAGUACUGAAGGACCUGAGAGCAUAUGCUCAAGAGAAGCAUGCUGAGCAAAGGAGACAGCUUGAAAAGAUGCUAGAGUCUCUGGAGAACUAUCACAAAGAUAAGAAAACAGAGAGAUCAAGGAUGGAAAAGCAAAUAGAGCACCAGCAGGCAGCAACAAUGCAAAGGGAUGAUGACUCCUUUUUUAGAACUAGAAGCAGACUGAAACCCAGACUUCAGAUGGCUGCCUUUCAGUAUCACAGAAGCUGUUUCUUGUAA